AUGGCUGUCUCGGCAAGGAGGCUGGCUUUCGGCUUCGCACUGGCAAUCCGGAUGGGACAAAGCCAAGACAGCUGGGAGCAGCGCACUCUGAGUCGAGAUGACGAGUGCGACAGCGAAGAGUGUGCGGUCUCCGAGUUGCAACUCAACGCGCGGGCAAAGGCGAUCUUGAACACCUCCCACUGGAGCAUGGGCCCCCCAAGCACGCCCUUCCAGUACAACGGCAUCGAGUGGCCGGCUUUGAGGUUGGGCCGUACCGGGGAGGCCCACUUCUUCGCCAUCGGCGACUGGGGCGGCAUGGACGGAGCGCUGCACCCCCCAAAUGAGUGCAUUCCGCAGCAUGCAACCCCAGGGUGCCGGCCGCGGAUCAUCGCCUACAAGGGUGGCCAGACUCCGGGUCCUCACGUCUUCCCACGCACGCGGUGGAACAAGCAACAUUCCGAGCUCCUCUGCUCCCACGACCAGUUUGUGGCCUGUUUCGAUGGGGGAGAGCACAAGGGCGAGCACUGCGUGCCGGGCUGUGGCUUUGUGCCAGGCGUAGAUACGCAGCCACAGAUCCUGGUUGCGAAUGCCUUCAGGGCACGGGCCUCCAAGGCGAAUCCGGACUUUAUCCUCAACGUGGGCGACAACUUCUACUGGGGUGGCAUCGAGGAGAAUUGCGGUGCCUCCAUGCACGGCAUUACCUCAACGACUCGGCAUCAGUUCGACUCCAUCUUCGAGGGCAUCUACCAGGGUGCCGGCCUCAGCAACAAGCCCUGGAUCAGCGUCCUGGGCAACCACGACUGGGGAGGGCGGCAGUUCAACAACGGCUGGGACCAGCAGAUUGCGUACACUUGGGCCAGCAACCGAUGGAUCAUGCCAGCACCAUACUACAGCAUGCGAGUCGAGUACCCCGGCUUCUCCAUUGACAUCUUCGCCAUCGACAGCAAUGCCAUGGAUGCUAGGUCCCCAGAGGAGGAUCCGGAGCACAACCUCUGCGGUGCCAAGCACAACCCCCCCGGGGCCUCUUGUGCAUCCAUCGGUGGCCCGGCGAAUGUGCAGUCUUGCCACAGCUGGUUUCAACAGUUCUGGGGGAAGAACAAGGAGUGGGCCCUGAGAAAGGUGCCCCAGUCAAAUGCAGACUGGCAGAUCGGCCUGACUCACUUCCCCUGCGGCCACGAGAGCGGCUUCUAUGCCCAGUUGCACGGCAUGGGGAUGGACCUCUUGGUCACCGGCCAUCGGCACGACCAGGAGCUUCACGACCACUCCGGGCCUGGGGGCAUGACCUGCAUCGUGACAGGCGGUGGCGGCGGGAUCACCAGCGAGGCUACGCCGAACCCAGCUGACAGGACGCACUGGUAUGGCGAGGGUCAGUACGGCUUCUAUGAUUUUACCGUCUCCAAGGACAAGAUCUUCAUUGAGUCCAUCAACUAUGAUGGAAAGGUCCUGAAGACCGCAACCGUUCAUCCAAGCCGCUGA